GUCAACUUGAACUGUCAAGUCACUGACUCCGAACUGUGGCUCUUACAACUUAUCCGCAAUAUUUGCAUCAACGUUCGAAAUUCCAGAAGUCGAUUGUGGCCUUGAAAUGUCUGAACAAUAGUAGUGUUGUUCUGGCUUAAAAGCAAGCUUCAAUCUACGUUUUCUUGUCUUCAACGAGUUUACUUUUUCUUUCCUAACAGUAGCCUCCUCCUCAUGGUCGAUACUCCUGGCGUCACUGCGCCAAAGACGCCCCCGCACGGCGUCACCGCUGCUUCCCAGCUCAAGUCCACCCCGAAUGCAGUUGGUUCUGCUGCUAUCAGCGAACACAUCAGUACUGUUGGCACUGAGUACGUUCCCUUUUGCUCUGGCCACCGCACCCGAGUAUUGACCUUGAACAAUGCAUGCAGAGUCGGUGAUGUCCGUCCAUGGAUCACUCGGGAUGUUGAGGACUUCAGGGAAUGCCAUCCAGAUACAAUUCUGCAGAAGCUGCUAGAUGACUGCAAAGAUACCUUUGUUCCUCCCGUUGAGAAGUCGAAACUAUUUGAAGAUUCCCUCCAGGCCGUCGUGCAGCUCUGUAACGACCAGAAGAUCAAAGGACACAUUGAGGGUUUCGCCAACUGCACCUUAGAAAACGGUUCCUAUAUUCAUUUUAUCCAAGCUGCCAACGCUGCACUCCUCGAACUACGCAGCUUGAAAGUGUCCGGAUUGCGCGAUUAUACGCGCAACGACGAUACCGACAUCAUAUUUCAUCAUAACGACUACCCCAUAUUCCAAACGCACCAGGGCGCAACGUCCUUGCGGAAGCCCGACAUUGUUGUCGUCUCUUACAAAACCGCUAAGGGCAAGAGUGGAAAGGGCAAGGGUGGAAAGGGCAAGGGUAGAAAGGGUAAGGGUGGAAAAGCCAAGGGCAACGAUACCGAGGAGGACGAUAAGGAGGCAGAUGAUACGAAGGAGAACGUUAAGAAGGAUAAAGAUGAGGAAGACAAGGUCAACAUUUAUAUCGACGCAGCGAGCAGCCCAGCAGCCACUUCCAAUGGAUCGAUGUUCAAUCGACAGUGGAGUUCAAACGCAAGCGGGGUUCUCUGGCUGGUCCACCAGAGACAUACGAGGUGACUGAGUACGCUCCCCCCAAGCCGCCGUAUAUUGGGAAGAAGCCUGCUGGGCCUACCAGUUCGGCGCCUGCCGCUGCUUCUGCUCAAAGCUCGAACAAGCCAUCGAAUGAACCACAACGUACUCGUGGGUCCACGCAACUCAAAGGCA